CUAUGGGUCGACGUAGACGAAUUUCUUAGCAUUCAUGCUCUCCACGCAAUUAACCUACUCGCACGUUCUUUCAAGCAAAUACCGCGACAGCGGGUGAUCAACAUGGGUUCCAGCGCUAAGAAGAAGAAGGAAAAGAAGAAGGAUUUCCAGAAACCGAAAUUGAAAGUUGGGAAAGCAAAGCCGAAGGCAGCCAACUCCACCGACACGAGCUUCAAGGCGAAGUCCAUUGCAUUGAAGCAACAGUCUCUUUCUACCAAUGCGCCAACUGUUGAAGCUCAAUGCGCGCACCAUUUGGCUUUGCUCUCUCACAAAUCUGAGACGCAAAGGCGCGAAUCGCUCGCAUACCUGACGACAGCGAUAUCUACUAACCCCCCGGGAUUGCCUCUGCCGCAGCCAUCGUCGGUCAUCAUACCUACGGUGCAGCGGCUCAUCCUGGAUGGAUCCAACGGCGUCCGACAGCAGCUUCUGAAGCUCUUCCAAAGUCUACCGAAAGCAGACAUCCCCAGCCACACCGACCAGCUCUUGCUCCACACCCGAGCCGGCAUGACGCACCUUGCUACCGACAUCCGGAUCUUUGCGCUCGACGUUCUGGAAUGGCUACUCGAGGCAGCCGGCGACGACGUUGUUAGCUGCGCUGGAGGCUGGGUGAAGACGUUGAAGUGUUUCCUCAGUCUGCUGGGCUGGCAGAAUGACGCGACGAGUAAAUGGUCUGCAGUGAAGUCGGCGGGGAAGGCAGGAGGAGAUUCGAAACUUCAGGUCAAGCAGAUGAAUACGCUUGCGGCUUUUCUUAAAGUCGGCCUGAUACCCUCGCAAGUAGUAGUGCCUGUCGAAGCAGGGACAACCUUUCCUUUAUGGCACACCGAGCAACACAUGCUGUCGAAGCGAUCGAAUCCCUACGCGCACCUGAACCUAUUUGGCCCGCCGCGGGACGAGGAGUCGGAGAUGUACGAGGACCGCGAAGAUCGGCAGAGGGUGUUCCACGACCGAGCGGAGGCUGCGAUUGUUGCAGGGCUCGAGCAAGCACUCAAGGGCGGCGGAGAGCUUGGCCGUGCUGCCGCGCAGCUUCGAAGGGUCGUGAAGGAAGGCAUGGCCGACUACCAUGGAGAGGACCUUGAGGAGCUCUCCACUCAAUAACGCAGCGAUGAGGGCUUCGAGAGCUUGUUAGGAGAUAAUGCGCAUGGGCUAGGAUGCAUAAGGCCUCUUGGGAAGCAAGAGGUCCAGCUUUGGCA